GUUCCGUGCAGCUAGCUCUCUUACUCCGUCAUGCUGUUAUCAUUACUGAAUGCAUUAGAUGUUAAGAGCUUUUUGAGCUUUCUUUUCAUAUCGUUACUAAUUUUUGACAUAUGGAAGAAUAAGAAUGCGCCCAACUUUCCACCAGGACCAUGGGGCUUUCCUUUCCUUGGCAACGUUUUCUUUGGUUUCAACUAUCGUGCAAUCGAUAAGGUGACUGAACAAUUUGGUAACAUAUUCAGCCUUAGAGAAGGUUAUGACAAGAUUGUGUUGGUGUCUGGAUACAAAUUGGUAAAGGAGGUUUUGGUAACACAAGGGGACUGCUUUCUGGACCGACUCAUUUCUCCUCUUUUUACAGAGGUGUUUCAAGGAAAUGGCAUUUCUCUAAGCAAUGGAUACAGGUGGAGGAAGCAGCGCCACUUUACUGCCUCUCACCUGAAGACCUUUUCAGAGGGCAAAAAAGAUAUGGAGUUUCACAUUCAACAAGAAUGCAAAUUCCUGUGUGAGGCCUUUGAGCAAGAGCAAGGAAGACCUUUCAAUCCCCGUGACAUCAUAAACAAUGCCACAGCUAAUGUAAUUGGAUCUUUUGUGUUUGGGAAGCGUCUUGACUUCAAUGGCACUGACUUCCAGAACCUUCUACAUGAAAAUUCAGAGUCCGCUCUCUUGAACAAUAUUCCAGUGAUUCAGCUUUACAGGGCAUUUCCUUGGCUUGUUAAACGUUUCCACGGAUCACAUGAGACAAUUUUAUCAAGCUAUACAAAAUUAACAUCUUUCAUUAAAAAACGAAUUGAGAAACAAAAGAAAGAUUGGGAUCCUUUUGAUCACCGUGACUUCAUAGAUGCCUACAUCGGCGAAAUAGAUAAGAGACGCAAGGAUACAGAGGCAGCUUUCACAGUGGAUAACCUUGCCUUUAUCACCGUGGAUCUGUUUAAGUCUGGGACGCAGACCAUGACGGACAUCCUACAAUGGUCUUUACGUCUGAUGAUUAAGUACCCCAAAGUCCAAAAGAAAGUCCAAGAUGAGAUUGAUUAUGUAAUCGGAAAGUUGCGGCAUCCAUGUUUGGCCGACAGAGGCAGCAUGCCUUACACUAACGCCGUUAUUCAUGAAAUUCAGAGAGUGGGCAAUAUCUUACCUCUAAUUGUGCCCCGUCUGACUAGUCGAGACACUACGCUUUCUGGAUACAUCAUCCCUAAAGGCACACUUGUCAUGUGUAGUCUCUCUUCUGUGCUGAAGGAUUCAUCACAUUGGGAAAAGCCAAAUCAGUUUUAUCCUGAACACUUCCUGGAUGACCAAAGGCAUUUUAUGAAACGGGAAGCAUUUUAUCCAUUUUCAGCAGGGAAAAGAGCAUGUCUGGGUGAGCAACUGGCACGGAACGCACUCUUCCUGUUCUUUACUUCCCUGCUUCAGAGGUUUUCUUUCUCGCCUCCGGAAGGACUAGAAGAACCUUGCUUUGAGCCCCAAGAAGCAGUCAACGUGUCCCCUAAACCCUUCCAGAUAUGUGGGACAUUACGUUGAUAAAAGCAGUGGGUCACAACUGGACUCAUAAUAACUGGAAGUCUGUCUGAUUUUGUGCUAAUUCCUAAGAUGCAGUCAAAAUGAACAUUAGCCGCUAAUGCUUAGAUGAGUUAAUACUGUAUAUAUGCAUUAGCUUUCAUUUGAGUGAAUUUGACUUCAUUUAAAAGAUCCUGUGCAAAAAUACUAAUUUAAUGGGAAAGGUUAUAAAAGCUUUAGAUACUAAAUAAUAAUAUAGUAAACAAUACUGUAUAAUAGUGUUUAUGAUAGAACUGUAUUAUUAUGAUGUCAGUAUAUUAAAAAGAUGUUAUUACAAUUGAAGUAUAAUGCUAUGAAUUAGUAUGUAGUUGUUGUGAUGUAACAAACGUUCUGUAAG